AUGCGGUGCGCGAACAAGGCCGCUGAGAGCGCUCGUCACGAAGACACUCAUGUCUUCACAGCGUAUGAGCUCGGUGUCUCAUACUCUCCUGAUACGGAAGAGGGAUCUGUAUCGAAGGCGGUCGAAUCCAAGCCGCCUGCCAAGCGUGGCAUGGAUGAUGCUUUGCGUCGUAGCUUCUUCGGUAUGUCUGACGAAUCAGAUGAACCAUCGCCAAAGCGAAGGCGCUCGAGAUCGCAAGACUCGGUCGCUCACAGUGGUGUCGGUUCUCCUAUUGACACCACUUCGCAGCGAGGCACCAGUCCUUUUGUCGGCACGUCGCAGGAAGAGCGGGACCGCAACGUGUUGCUUCUCGCUCCCGAAAAGAAGGCAUUGCUGCCUCCAAAGUAA